GUCAUGGUCAGUGACUGAUGUUAUCUAUAGCAGAUUAACCAACUGUUAAUAUAAAACCAACAUGAUGAUUUUUUCAACAUUUUUUUUUAUAGUUUGAACUUUGUACUUUAAAAUGUCCUAUCAAUUAUUAUAAUUUUUUCUUAAGUUUCAACUAUUAAUUAGCUGAUCAGCUACGAGCUUGUACUCAAUAGGUAUUCACGUAAUAGUCGUCAGCGAAAAGGUAUCUUAGAAAAUAUUUUAUUUAAAUUAAAUCUCAUAUUUUUAAACAAUAUUGAUACUAGAUAGUGUUUACCUACAAUUAAACCUUUAUUAUGUUGAGAAUUAAAACAGGAAAGAGCUUAAUAACUUAUACCCAACGGUCUAUAUCAACUUCGUCAACAUUGAGAGAUGUUUUCAUCAUCAGUGCUACUAGAACUCCAAUUGGUUCUUUUGGUGGAUCAUUGAAGAGUCUUUCUGCUACCAAAUUAGGUGCUUUAGCUAUUCAAGCUGCUGUUGAACGAUCUGGAAUUUCAAAAGAUGAAAUUCAGGAAGUUUUUAUGGGAAAUGUAUGUCAAGGUGGUGUUGGACAAGCGCCAGCUAGGCAAGCAACAAUAUUUGCUGGAUUACCUAAAUCAACUAUAUGUACAACAAUAAAUAAAGUCUGUGCUUCUGGAAUGAAGUCGGUCAUGUUAGCUUCUCAAAGUCUAAUAUGUGGCCAUCAACAAAUAGUAGUUGCUGGCGGUAUGGAAUCUAUGUCUAAUGUUCCGUUUUAUCUAGCAAGAGGCGACACAAAAUAUGGUGGUGUGAAUUUAUCUGAUGGAAUUGUGUUUGAUGGUUUAACUGAUGUAUAUAAUAAAGUUCACAUGGGCAGUUGUGCUGAAAAUACAGCUAAACAAUGUGGCAUAAGUAGAGCACAGCAAGAUGAUUUUGCCCUAAGUAGUUACAAAAAAAGUGCAGAAGCCUGGAAACAAGGACAUUUUGCCCAAGAAAUUGUUCCAGUCAAUGUUCCUCAAAAGAAAGGUAAACCUGAUAUUGUUGUAUCUGAGGAUGAGGAAUUCAAAAGAAUAGAUGUUGAAAAGUUUAAAAAAUUGAAUACAGUUUUUCAAAAAGAAAAUGGCACAGUUACUGCUGGAAAUGCAUCAACAAUUAAUGAUGGGGCUGCUGCUUUAGUUUUGACAAAUGAAAAUGUUGUAAAAGAAUUAAAUUUGAAACCUUUAGCUAGAGUAGUUGCAUUUCAAGAUGGUGCUACUGACCCUAUCGAUUUUCCAAUUGCCCCCGCAUUUGCUAUACCCAAAUUGUUAAGCAAAAGUGGCAUUUCCAAAGAUGACAUCGCAUUGUGGGAAAUAAAUGAAGCUUUCAGUGUAGUUGUUUUAGCUAAUAUAAUGAAAUUAGAUCUUGACCCAUCUAAAAUCAAUGUUCAUGGUGGUGCUGUUAGCUUAGGUCAUCCAAUUGGUAUGUCUGGUGCUAGAAUUGUGGUUCACUUAGCUCACGCAUUAAAACCAGGACAAAAAGGUGUAGCUUCCAUUUGUAAUGGUGGUGGUGGAGCAUCAUCAAUUCUUAUUGAACGUUUAUAAUACUUUGUAAAAGUUAUAUUUAAUAUUAAUUAUAAUUGCAGCAUAGUUAUGAGUUAAGACUGCAAUUAAUUUAUAAGAUGGUUAUAUUUUUACUCAUGGAUAAAGAAAUUAUUUUAAAAAAUAUUAUUAAAACAGAUAUUAUAUUUUAUUAAAA